AUGGCAGAAGCCGUAGGCAUUGCCCUCAGCGUCCUCCCCAUCGUCAUCUGGGCCCUGGAAAAGUACUCGGAGCCCCUCGACGCCUACAGCGACUACCACAACGCCAUCGGCACGCUGCAGGCCAACCUGCAGAUCCAGCGGAUGCACCUCGAGGCCACCUUCCAGAGCAUCGGCCUGCGCCACCCGACGCCGCGCGAGCUGGCCGAGUGCCUCCGCCAGCGGUUCCCGCUCCACCAUCGCGAGAUCGCCUUCAUCGUGCGCCAGAUGGACGAGAUGAUGCUGGGGAUGAUGGAGGGCCUGCAGGUGGACAUGAGCCGGAAACCCCUCUGGACGACUCACGAAUCCCCCGAAAGAAUCUCCUGGGAAUGGCGCCGCGUCAAACGCAGCUUCCGCACCAAAAAGUGCGACAAGAUGAUCCGCGACCUGCGCAGCUGGAACGACGACCUGCGGCACCUCGUCCAAAGCGCAUCAGCAGCAGAAACGCUUCCCACAGACGAAAAGAGCUACGCCAUCCAGAGAGUGAGGAGGCUCUACAACAGGGGCAACUGCGAGUCCGUGCGAACGACUCUCCGGUCUUUGCAUCGCGCGCUGCAGGCGGUGUUGUUGAUGGGCGAUGGUCAUGGUGGUGGUGGCGGAGGAGAGUGUCAUCAGGUUUGUAUCGAGCUGAAUAGUCUUCAUGCGGGAGGGUUUCCUCUUUUGACUUUUCGAGUUGGGGUCUUGCAUGAGUCGCCGGAUGGGAGGGAUAGCGCUGCUUGGAAGUUAUUCUAUGCUGCGGGUGAGGCAGCUCAACAACAGAACCCGGCAUUGGACUCACAGCCAUAUUCGUUCUCAUCAAGGCCUUCAACGCUUCGAUCAAGACGCGUAGAAGACACAUCAAUCACAUCAACCCCUUCAAUCCCCCCAAAGCCCAUCAUCCCCAGCCCUCCCCCCAUCACCAACCUCUACAACGCACUCCUCUCCCCCUCCCACACAAAAGAAGUCUUCGGCUCCCUCAGAGACCCAACCCCCGCCUCCCCCCACGAAGGCAUCUUCUCCCUCAGCCACCUAUCCCGAAACCACGACAUCAUCAUACGAGAAAUCUCGCUCGAGAAAAUCAUCGCCACAGAGUCCCAGCGCGUAGCACCCGCCGUCCAGCCCCUCUCCGCCAAACGCCGAUACGGCAUCGCCGCCUCCUUAGCCUGGGCAGUGCUCUACCUCGCGGACAGCCCCUGGCUACCACAAGGCCUGGACAGACACAAAGUCAAGCUCUUCCUCCAAAGGAAACAAGCCAACGGCUUCAUCAGCCUCUCCGAAAAAGCCUACCUCGCAUCUCCCCUCUCCAAACCAAAGACAACAACACAAUUGCCCUCCCCGGCAUCAUCAUCCACUUCCCUCCGCCAAACAACAAGCCCCAAAAGCCUCAUCUUCGACCUCGGCAUCCUCCUCAUCGAACUCGCCGUCAACCAGUCCUUCAGCAAAGAGUCGCUCUCCGCCAUCCUCCAGCACGACUACCGUCCUCUGAAGAACUAUCUGGACCGCGUGGAGCAAGAGGCGGGUAUUUACUACUUUAACGCCGCGCAGCGGUGUGUGUACGGCGUCUUCCUUGCGGAUCAGGGACAGAUGGAUUUUGAUCUGGACAAGUUCCAGCAUGAGUUUUACAGCACCGUCGUUGCGCCUCUGCAGGCGACGUAUGAGGGUCGGUAG